AUGCCGCAAACCAGUCUCUCCCCCAAGCGGCCCCAAAUUGGUGCCAUAAAAGAAAACAAUCGCAACAACUCGAGCCCCUUGUCUAGCUCUAUGCAGAACUCUUCACGGAGAGCAAAUAAGGCCGUCUCCCUCGGUUCCCUCAAUGCGGGUAGAAAACGGAGGGCGUCUUCCCUAUCCAGCGUGUCUUCAGUCUCAUCCAUAGGAGAGCUGAGCGACGAUGCGGAUGGCUCGGAGGAAGAUGCGGAUGACGAAGAUGAACAGCCGGCUGUCCGGGCCCCGUCUUAUGGUCGCCAUGACAGGCCGUCCCGUAAGACGGGAGUGAAACCUACUAAGAGAAACAAGAAGCUGAGGGUAUCGGACGAUGAUGUCUAUGACGGACAGAAGAGCAGCGAUGAAAAUGACUCGGAUGGUAGCUCCGAUGAUGUCUAUGCUGCCGUGGAUUACAUUAGUGACGGCGAUGAUGACGAAGACCACGAUGUGGAGAAGUUAGAGGAACUCCUGAUUGUAGAGUCGGAGGAUGAACACACUCUUGGGAGCGUUCUGACUGUUUCCACUACCUCCGGUGCUCAAGACUGGUCAGGCCCCAACGUCUUUGACGAUCACCUGUUGUUGUCAGGUGCUUCGUUCUUCGAUGAGGAACAGCUUUAUAGUGUCAUGGAGACGUUCGGGGAGACUGAUAUGGCCAGCGAAACUGCCGUGGAGACGCCGGUGCCGCGUCGGGUGCAUUUUCAAGAAGACUCCGAUUCUUCCUCGGAGAGUGAUUCCCAUACAGACGACGAGAUCCCUGGCGAUUUCCUCCAACAAGACAGCCUGGAUCCCCAGCUGCGUCGUAUGAUUGAAAACGACAGUGAACCAUCCCUUAAACAUCGCCGACAAUCGGGUGAAGUGUUUGCCGACUCGGACUACGGUCAUUCCAACAUUUAUCAUGUGGAGUCCGAUGCUCACUCCGAGGUUUCGGAGUCGAGUGGCUACGAGACCGAUGACGGUGAGACUACAGAUGAAGACCUACCACCUCCUGCAACGAUCACCCAUCCGCGAUCUAUUCUCCGACGCGAUUCCUCUGCUUCACUGGCUACGCCGGGGGGAUGA